CGUAUUAUGAAAACUCUCAGAGUGGGCGGGGCUUCCGGUUGAGGUCAACACAAAUAAACAUGGCGUGGAGAGGAUUCGUCGUGAAAUGGGCUCAAACAAACGUAAUUACAGCUAAAAAUGUAACUCCGCGAGGUUCCAGAGUGGACUCUUACAACCAACUGAGGCGUGGAUUCCGUCAUGAAGCUAAAAAAACAGAGACAAAGAAAGGCAACGUCAGCCCAGAAACACACAACACGUGUCCAACUGAACCUCCACCGCGACCUAAUGUCCCCCUACGAAAGCUGCUUAAGCCACUGAUGUUUACAGUCGGGUUUACAGGUUGUUCUUUUGGUGCUGCUGCCAUCCUGCAAUAUGAGAGCAUCAAGUCAAGAGUUAGGACUCUAAGAGAUAAAGAGGAGCCGGAACAAUUCCUUGAGGGCUCCGCAGACAUGGUGCACUGGCACGACUGGUGGAACCAGCUGACGGGCUUCCAGCGCCAGCUCAUCCUCCUCAUGUCCGUAGCCGAUGACCUCUGGGGCAGCCUCACUGAAGGCCAGAAAACCGUCUCAGGUAUUAUUGCGCUCAAUGCUGUAGUCCUGUGCUGCUGGCGGAUCCCCUCGAUGCAAAGAAGCAUGCUAAAGUAUUUUAUAUCCAACCCAGCCUCCAAGAGGCAAUGCUUUCCUAUGGUCCUGUCCUGUUUUAGUCACUACUCCAUCAUCCACAUGAUGGCCAACAUGUAUGUCCUGUGGACAUUUUCCUCUGGGAUCGUCUCCCUUUUAGGGAGGGAACAGUUCCUCGCUGUCUACAUGUCUGCUGGUGUGAUUUCCACCAUGGUUAGCUACGUGUGUAAAGCAGCCUCAGGACGCAUUUAUCCUUCAUUAGGAGCGUCAGGUGCAGUCAUGGCGGUGCUGGCUGCUUUCUGUGCAAAUGUGCCGGAAGCCAAACUGGGCAUUCUUUUCCUCCCUGGGUUGUCUGUAACAGCAGGGAAUGUUAUUAAAGCAGUUGUUGCUGUGGACACAGUCGGGCUGCUGUUGGGAUGGCGGUUAGUGGACCACGCUGCUCACCUUGGCGGAGCUCUCUUUGGAGCCUGGUAUGUCACCUACGGCCACAAACUGAUCUGGAGCAAGAGGGAGCCUCUUGUCAAGAUCUGGCACGACAUUCGCUCUCCUGGACGCGGAGGGUCCAGACCUGGAGGCAGAGAAGGGCCAUACAGACCUAACUGACGCUCCUUUUUGCUUGGACGUGAUUACUGGCUUCAGGACACUUUUUAUUCAGUGAGAUGGUGCUUCCAAUGUUUAAUAAUACUUUUCUAUUCAUUUGCAUUCAUAGUAAAGGUAUUUAUUUCUGGUGACAAAUGUGUUGCUCCUACCUCUUCAACCCCUAUCAACUACAUUUUUAAGCAAAAGCCCAUCAGUAAAGAUAACCUCAAGUUAGUUAACAUCUAACCUUUUUUAGUCAUUGUAUCUCUUUCUAAUGUGUACGAGAGACCUCACUUUGCCCACUGACUUCAACACUGAUAAAAGUAUGACUUUAUCAUAUUGGGUGUCAUCUGAGCUAACAUUAUUGAAACCUGGUUUUCUUUUCUACAUAAAGUGCAUAUCCAGAAAGUA